AUGCCUGCUCGAUCGAUAAACCCUUUCUCCAACAAUUCCUCCAUCUCCACCUCGCUUGACGAGAAGGCCUCGCGCCGCUCCUCCUUCUCCAAGGCGAACACCAAGUUCUCCUCGCUCUUCUCCACCUCGCCCAAGCCCUCCGCUCCCGACGCCGUCGCCGCUCUCCGGAAGGCAGUCGUUGCCCAGCAGCAAGCCCUUCUGGACAACCCCUCACCGCCCCCGGGCCAGCCUGUCAAUUCGCCCUCUCUGUCGCUACCGACCAUCUCGCUGUCCACUGCGACCGGCGAGAAAUACACCAAGAUGGAGGACUCCUCCACCACAACCACCACCAUCUUCCAGCCGCCCUCCCAAGACGAGAAGCGCCGCCUCGCCAAGCAGCACGCCGAGUUCGGUCCCCUGGGCUCCAAGGCGCAUCUGUACUCGAGCAAAUUCGUGGACGACAAGUUCCCCGACCCUGUCGAAGACGAGCCGCCGUACUUCUUCCUCCUCACCACCUACAUCAGCUACCUCAUCCUUAUCAUAUUUGGUCAUGUGCGCGACUUCUUCGGCAAGAGGUUCAGACAGAACAACUACAAGCAUCUGAGAGCCCAGGAUGGCUACGCCCCUCUGAACAGUGAUUUCGACAAUUUCUACGUCCGCCGCUUGAAGAUGCGUAUCAACGACUGCUUUGCGAGGCCCACCACUGGCGUUCCCGGUCGCUACAUCACCCUUCUGGACCGCAAGUCCGACGACUACAACCUGUCUUUCAAGAUGACUGGCACCACCUCCGAGACCCUGAACAUGAGCUCCUACAACUAUCUCGGAUUCGCCCAGUCCGAAGGCCCGUGCGCCGACGCGGUCGAGGAGGGCAUCAAGAAGCACGGCAUUAGCGUUUGCAGCACUCGCGCCGACGUCGGAACUACCACCUUGCACACCGAAGUCGAGGAUCUGGUCGCCAAGUUUGUUGGAAAGCCUGCCUCCAUGGUUUUCUCCAUGGGCUUCGUUACGAACGCCACGACCUUCCCCGCUCUGGUUGGCAAGGGCUGCCUGCUCAUCUCCGACGAACUCAACCACUCCUCGAUUCGCUUCGGUGCUCGUCUGUCUGGCGCGAUGAUUGAGAUGUUCAAGCAUAACGACAUGCGUGAUUUGGAACGCGUGCUUCGUGAGGUUAUUGCGAAUGGUCAGCCCCGCACGCACCGCCCGUGGAAGAAGAUCCUCAUUGCUGUUGAGGGUCUCUACUCGAUGGAAGGCACUAUUUGCAACCUGCCAGCUCUUCUUGCGCUCAAGAGGAAGUACAAGUUCCACCUGUUCAUUGACGAGGCGCACUCGGUUGGCGCGCUCGGACCUAAUGGUCGUGGUGUUUGCGAUUACUUUGGCGUUGAUCCUGCCGAGGUCGAUAUUCUUAUGGGCACUCUGACCAAGUCUUUUGGAGCCAAUGGUGGUUACGUUGCGGCCGACAAGGCAAUCAUUGAUAAGCUGCGCGUUACCAACGCUUGCAACAUCUUUGGCGAGGCGCCCGCUCCCCCGGUCCUUAUCCAGAUCCAGAGCGCCCUCAGAUUGAUUAUCGGAGAGCUUAUGCCCGGUCAAGGCGAGGAACGUCUGCAGCGCCUUGCCUUCAACUCCCGCUACCUUCGUCUUGGUCUUAAGCGCCUGGGCUUCAUUGUCUAUGGUCACGACGAUUCGCCCAUCAUCCCGGUCUUGCUCUACAACCCUGCCAAGAUGCCUGCCUUCUCCCACGAGAUGCUGAAGCGCAAGAUUUCCGUCGUUGUCGUCGGCUAUCCGGCUACCCCGCUCGUCUCGUCUCGCGCUCGUUUCUGCGUUUCGGCCGCUCACACCAAGGAUGAUCUUGACCGCCUGCUUGCUGCCUGUGACGAGAUCGGCGACAUCCUACAGCUCAAGUUCUCCAGCGGCAUCGCGGGCGGUGCCGAGCCCCUGCCUGAGGGCAUUACCAGCCAGAUGGAGCAGGACUACAAGAGAGAAAUGGAGAUGGCCGGCAAGAUGCCGCAAGUCACUCCACCCAGAUGGAAGCUUGACGAUGUCCUCAAGCGCGGCGUACAAGACGUCAAGGUCGCUCUGAGAUAA